GGAGGCGGACGUGGCGUUUUGCUCACGCGCGGGCGGCAGCCUCGAGGCGUCCAGGGCCUGACGGUUGCUAGGGUGACAGAGAUACAACAUGGCGGCUGAAUCCUAACGCUUUCUGUCGAGGGUCCAGCGCGGAGGUCCUACUUUGGGACCCUGCCUCAGAGGAGUGGAAGCCAGGAGGCCGUCCUGUCUGCCCCUUUCUUCUCCGUCCAGUGUCGGCAAGGGCUUGUCGUCGGCUUCCGUAUCCAGGAUGAAGAAGUAUAAAGCAGUUGGCAAAAUAGGAGAGGGAACGUUUUCUGAAGUCACGAAGCUGUGGAGCCUGAGGGACGGGAGCUACUACGCGUGCAAACAGAUGAAGCAGCCCUUCGAAAGUCUGCAUUCUCUGGGUUCCUCUGCCUUUCGACUACUUGCGAUGGUGAAUUUGCUGUGCAGUGUACCGAUCAUCCCGUACCUGAAGAGCAGACUUCCUGAGACAGCCGCCUCUGAGACACGCACCACAAACCAGAGCAGCAGAGAACGGACUUCGAGCCGCAGGAUGGGACACAUUUGCACCCUGGGGAGGACCGGAAUCCUCAUCAGUAUUGAGCAAGUGAACAAUCUGCGGGAGAUACAAGCACUGAGACGCCUGAAUCCACACCCAAACAUUCUUACGUUGCACGAAGUGGUUUUUGACAGAAAAUCUGGUUCUCUUGCACUAAUAUGUGAACUUAUGGACAUGAAUAUUUAUGAGCUAAUACGAGGGAGAAGACACCCAUUAUCAGAAAAAAAGAUUAUGCACUAUAUGUACCAGUUAUGUAAAUCCCUUGAUCAUAUGCACAGAAAUGGAAUAUUUCACAGAGAUGUAAAGCCAGAAAAUAUAUUAAUAAAGCAGGAUGUCCUGAAAUUAGGGGACUUUGGGUCCUGCCGGAGCAUCCGUUCCAAGCAGCCGUACACAGAGUACAUUUCCACCCGCUGGUACCGCGCCCCGGAGUGUCUCCUCACCGAUGGCUUCUACUCCUACAAAAUGGACCUGUGGAGCGCAGGCUGUGUGUUCUACGAGAUCGCCAGGUCGAGAGCUAUGAGUUUUGAUUUUCCUUUUAAAAAGGGAUCAGGAAUACCUCUACUGACGGCCAGUUUGUCCUCGCAAUGCCUCUCCCUCCUGCACGCAAUGGUGGCCUAUGAUCCCGAUGAGAGAAUCAGCGCCCACCAGGCCCUGCAGCACCCCUCCUUCCAAGAACAGAGGGCAGCUGAGAAGCAGGCUCUGGCCAGCCACAGAAAACCUUUCUUUCCAGAGCGCCCUGCGGCAUCAGAACUGUUCAGUAACAGCUGGCAAAUUUCAAAGAAGGACAGAAAGCAGAAACAGUCCCUAAAGCCAGAGGAGGACCAUCCCAAGAGACCAGGACCGGCCUACCUCAUGGAACUGCCCAAACUGAAGCUUUCGGGGGGGACCAAACUGUCCUCCUACUCCAGCCCCGCGCUGCACUCCGUGUUCGGCCCGGGGGCCAACAGGAAAGUGCCAGUGCUGAGGCCCUUCAAGUGCGCUGGCGCCGACCAGAAGACGGAUGCGCAGAAGGACCUGAAGGCCAACCGGAAGCAGUACCGUCUGCCCACGAUCGAGAGGAAGGGCGGGGGGUGCUGAGCAGCCCGGGCGGCUGCCUGCCCGGAGCGUGAGAGCAGGUGUGGCCCGGCCGGGCCCCGCGAGUCACCUCCGAGCCUCGGAUGGAGGGCUCUGGGAGAGGCCCGGCAUCCCCCGAGACACUGCCCCGCAGGCCAGCCGUGGCUGCGGGCGUCCUGAGAGCAGCUGUCCUGUAUGUUCCAGUCGAAUACAUUUGUAAAACCACCUCGUUCUGGGGUUUUAUUUCAUUUUUGUAACCUGAGAAUUGGGGAGCAGAGAAUAUUUUGUAAUUUUUAAAAAUCUGAAUCAAAACAGAAAUGAGAGUUCAUAUACUGUAUGAUUUAGGCUCGGUUUCACACGGGCCCGGCACGCCAUGCCGCCUGUAGCCCGUCACCAACAGUGUGUGGCACGUCGCAGCUCACAGAUCAUGCUCCUGGAGCUUUAUUAAAGAAUAAGCUGUCGUACAGUAUUUUAAUAUUUUCUGAGUUACACAUGUGUCCUGACGUGCAUUUCUUUAUUUUAGGUCUUGUGAGCAUGUUUGGGGAAGUUAUUUUGUUGGGAAGGCUUUGGUUCGGCUCAGUUUUGUGGCACGUGAAAAUCCAGUAAGGACUGAAUAGAGGCUCGGCCUGGUUGCGCCAUGGCCUCGGUGCCCCCGGGGAGCUGCAGCCGGACGAGGCGGCCAAGCAGGAGGCUCGUCGGCGCACCGGGCUUGCCUGCGGCCACCGGCCCCCUCGCGUUAACUCUGGAGGCCCCGCUUCACCCGUGAGUAGAGCUGCCGCUUCCUGCCGGCGCUUUGCUCUGCUGGCCGGACGCCAGACCCUCGGAGCCCCUUUUUGUCUUGGGAUGUAGCAUAAUGACACCUUCGUUUUCUUAUCUUCACAAACUUACAACGUUAAGAAAAAGCAAAUUUCCCAGGUUUUAGUCGUCUUGUUUCCUCUUUUGAGACAGAUCUGUGACAUUCUUCCACAUGCUUUCCGGUGGCCACCCCGUCUGAGCCACCUGCCAGGUGGUGGAGCAGAACCAGGAGUCCCAGGCUGGCCAGGCCGUGGGGUGGAUGCGGCAGCCUGGGGAGGGGCAGGCGGGAGCCAGCGUUUCACAGGGGUGGGUGCGGGUGAGCGCGGGGCAGCAUGGGUAUGGGCCACACUGCGGCCCAGGAGCCCAAGAGGGGCAGAUUCAGGACCAGAAACAAGGUUUUUGGGGACCUUCGGAGCUGGGUGCACAUGAGGAGGGGCUGGGAAGAGCUUCCUCUGAACCCAUUUAGCACCCUGGUGGGGUCUUCGGGAAGCCCUGUUGUGACGGGGGGUGCAGAGGGGGGCACAUUGCGGGACAAGCAGGGUGCUGCUCUGCCCCCUCGGAGGAUCUGGGAGUUCCGGGCCCCUGGGAGCUGAGGCAGGGGGAAGGCCGGAGCCACGGGGUGCUGAGGCCCCACAGCAGGCAGGCUGGGGAGACAGGAGCCGGGGGAGACUAGAGCUGGCUCCUGGGAUUGAAGGGGGCCCUGCAUGGCCAGUGAGCCCACACUCGGAACCCAGGCAGGCAAGGCUGCCGGAGAACCAGGCCCCUGAGGGGCAGUGGCUCAGGGGGCAUGCUCCUGUCCUCGAGGACUGGCUCUAAGGACAUAUUUAAGGACUGACAAGAAUUUGUGUAUUUAGGAAAACUGUUACCCCUUAAAGUGUAUACAAUUUGAGGGGGAAAUCUUCAGAGUUCUCCCACACACCUUUCUGAGUAAGCAGAUUUGUCCCUCCCCAUGGAGGGCCUCUCUGGGACAGGCCAGGCCCUUGGGGUGUGACCUGUCCACCAACCGAAGCUCUUUUGGCUUCACGUUGGUCUCUGGAAUACCAGUGCUGUGAAGCAGCCAGCCCGGAGCCGGGGGCCCAGCCACCCCAGGCCCCACAGCGGGCACGGCUGGUGCCUCAUGGAGGAGCAGGUGGCACUGUGGCCACGCUCGCCCUCCCUGCACCCACCCACCCGCACUCAGCACGGAGCCGGUCACCGGGCAGCAGGGAUGGCUCCGGCUCUGUGCCCGGCCUCUAGGCCCGGUGCUGGGCGCGGGAGGCCGCCUCCGCCUGCUGCCAGAGCCCUGGCAGGUCUUGGCUCACUGCAAACUGGAGGCCCGCGGAACCUUUGCGGGCAAGGCUAUUCCGGAGCACUGGAACUGUCGCCACAAAGCUCCCGAAGGGACCGGGGUCAAAGUCGUGCUCCCCCACCACCCUGUCAAGUUGGCUCACUGCACAGCGUUUCCUGGGCACCUGCCUGGUGCACCAGCCUCGCUCUUCACCCACUGGGCCCCCCAGGGCUCAGCCCGAGAGGGCGCGAGGCAGGGAGGCGCCAGCUCCCACAGCCCAGCUGCUCCUGGCGCCGAGGCUCCUCCGAGGGCGCUGGUCCGGGGGGUCCGGUUCUGACAGCACCUUAGCGUGUGGACCUGCCUGUGGAGUAGAAAACGCAGAGGCGACGCCACCCAAGUGACCUGGGCGCUGCUGCUCCCUGCCCCCCGGCGCUCAGGACUCCCCGGGGCCUGCCAUGUUUCCUCUGGUCCAGCCACGGGGCAGCCAGCAAGCUCGCGGCCUCCACGUCCUGGAGCCCUGGCCUCCUCUCGGCUUCCCUUAGACCCGUCCCCAUGCGAGCAGCGUGUCUUCACCAGCCCCUACGUGUACGAAGGCUCCAGGCAACCAAUAAAGGCAAAUGCGAGUUGUGCUGAGCCUUCCCCGGCUUCGGACCAGGUGACGGGCCCCAGGGCCGGCCCGGUGUCAUCGGCCCAGGUGCCAUUGGUCCGCAGCGGCCGCGAGGCUGCGGCAGUUACAAGGCAGUCUGCUUUUGGAAGCCAACUCGGGCUUCUUGGCCGGGAGUCAACCGAAGGUACAAGAGCCACAGAUUUGUUCCUAGUACAGACGCAUCGACAGCAAAUCGGGGCCUGUCUGACGCUUCGCUCCGGAGCCGGGGUGAAGGGGAACGGGCAGGGGGCUGAGCCGGGACUGUCCCCCUCGAGAGCUGUGGAAGCUGGGGAGCACAGCCGGGGCAUCUGACUAAACUGAGCUUGAAUUUUAACACACGUGCUAUUCUCGUGCCAGCCAGAUUUCCACCUGUCACUUCACAGGAAAAGGAGACAGCCCCGGGGGUCACAGGAUGAACUCGGGACUCCGCAAAGGCGGCCUUUGCUGACCUGCAGCAGCAAGUGGCCUCGUGUGCCCCUGGACCUGCGUGGCUGGGGUUUUGUGUCCCUGUCUAGGAGCCAGGGCUUUGGUCACGAUGACAGACCAUCCAGCACGUGCAGUUUUAAUACGCAGGUCGUUUUGAAUGUACACGAUAAAAAUUCUCUUUCCCUUGAAACAACAGGGUGUCUGACUCUUUCCUGGCAUUCACCUCCCCCAGAGCGCCUGUCCCUGGGACUCGGGCUCCACAAGCUGCAGGAGCUUCGGGGGCCCGGCCUCUCCUCUGAGAAGCAGCCGCGGCCCGGCACCGCCCGUGCAGCAACCCCGAAAACAGUGCAGCUGAGGCCGUGCGCUCGAUUUCUGGCCUCCAUCGUGGGGACAAGCCCCAGAUUUAACGUGCUCGCUCGGAGAAGUGUGUUUCGGACACUUUGUGGUUUACGGUCACACCAGAUAAAAAUGCCUUCCUGGGGUACAGCUGCGGACGACGGUAAGAGUGACAGCCUUCUGCUGGGCGUUCCCUGCCACUGGGGAGUCCCCCCGAGUGUGGGCGGGACCUGCACUCAGAGCUGCUCCCAGGCUGGCCUCAACGUGACACCCAUCCUGGGUGAUCCCCGCAGCCGACAGAGCACGCCAGACUCUCCAGGGGCCACGACACACGUGUGGUCAUGUGUGGCCACAGGCUUUCAGCAACGACAGGUGCGCUCAGGGACCACAAGCAGGGAGGAGAGGGGUUCGCUGGGCCGCACGCACAGGUGCCACCUCCCGAUGGAGGCCACAGACCGUGAGCCACAGAACUCUCCAGAUGAGCCCCGCUCGAGUAGCCUGUCCUAGUUUGGGCUUCCAGGAACAGGGUGGAAAAAGGACGAAUCAUUUUAUACCAAACUUUAAUUGAACAAAAGUUACAUUAAAAAUUGAGCCAACUUCACAGAAGAUAAACAAAUGGUAUAUUCAAGAUAGUUU